GCUUAUAAGAUCGUAACAGAUGGCGUCUGUGUAGGUCGCCACCACUUGCGCAUGAGGAAACAACGACGUGAGCUGGUAGCGAUGUUUAUACCUCCGAUAUGCUGCGCAAUUAGACAUAAACGCAACAGAUCUGUAACAAAAUUCACGAUAAUCCACAGGAUAUACCAGCCAAAAUCUAAGUUAAUGUAGAGAGGAGUUUCUACCCCCUACGUGGUCAGAUAGACUGCUGCAAACUUGAUUUUAUAUUCAGAACUCACUUCCGUAAAAAUGGGUUGUAUCUUUUCAAAGACAAAGGAGAAAACACGUCUUCUUAGGGAUGCACCUAUAGUUGUCAUCUGUAGCAGCUCUAAAGAAGAGAGCGUCAAUGGUAUCAAGCAAUAUAUCAAAGAAAACAUGGCAAGUCACCUUAAAUCAGCAAGGUUGGAGUUCAAACUUCUGCCAUUCAACGAGAAAGACAUGAAGGAAUUUAAACUUCGCGGUAUUGAGGCGUUGAUUCUCUGUCACUCUAUGGAAAUCAGGGGACCUUUAUCAUCCAUAUAUGACAAAUUCUUGAAGAAGGCAAAAGAUUGUUUAGGGAAGAAAAAAGUAGCUGCCAUCGUGCACGACUAUAAAAUUCCAUUGGAAGCACAUGAAAUUUAUGACAAAAACAACAAGUCCAAGCUCAAAAUGGCGUCGUUGGUUCUCUCCCUUAGUCGAAGGUCUGAUGACGGCGAAAUUCAGAUGACUAAAGGACAGAAGGACAGGUUCACACUCUUCUUCAAUUUGGCAGUUGAGGCACUUCCUUGUCACAAAAAGAUUUCUCGGGCCUUUUACAGAUUUUUCUACCGUGUGAUCCGUCAGUAAAAGUCAAAAGUGACACAUGGGGAGCGCUAUACACGAAAGGAUUUGUCGGACAUUUUAUCCGACAGUUACCAUAGAAACAGUGCUUCUCGGUCAAUCAAAAUAAUGUCAGAUCGGACAGCUUGUCGGACAAAAAUGUUGAUGAAUUAAACGCUAGCAGACGAUUGUAAACCGUCACUUGCCAGAGAAAUGAAGGAUAAAGGUUUCCACAUUGGUCACAUAACUUAACUUUCUAAUCAUUCUACCUCCAGCAUGCCCUAAUCUUCCUUAGAUAUGGGCGGAUACAGGAUUUAGGCCUAAUUAUAUAGGAGGAGGUUCUUUUUACACCCCAUUGCUUUUUAAAUAUUCCGUGAAAUCUGACGUUUGAAUAAUAUUUCACUCGAUCUGGAUGGAAUAGAGCUGGAAAAAAGAAACCCAACAGUGGGCAACAAUGUCAUAACUUUAAAGGACAAGUCUACCCCAACAUAGAGUUGAUUUGAAUAAAAUAACAAUCAAACAAGCACAACACUGAAAAUGUCAUCAAAAUCGGAUAUAAAAUAACUGAAAGUUAAUUAUGACAUUUUACUAAUUUCGCUUAAUUUCACAAAACAGUUAUAAUUUUAUGCGCGUCCUGGUCAGUAUGCAAAUGAAAAGAGUGAUGACAGCAUACACUCACUAUUUCUAUUGUAUUUCAAUAUGAAAUAUUAAUUACAAUGUUCUUCUUAGUUAAUUUUCUAUGAAGCAAAGUUUUAUUCCUUCCUAAACAUGUGGUAUUACAAUUUUUAUAACAUUUUAUGAAUCAUUAAAGUUGGUCCUUAAUGACAAAUCUUUGAAAAUGAAAUAUUGUAUUAUUAAAAAAAAAAAAAAUGAAUGAGUGAUGGACAUCAUCGACUCUCUCAUUUGCAUGUCACUGAAUUGUGCAUAUUAACUGUUUCGUGAAAAAUAAGCGAAACUUAUAUGUCAUAACUUUCUUGUUUUACAUCCGAUUUUGAUGAAAUUUUCAACGUUAUGCUUGUUUGAUUUUUCUGUAUUGAUUCACAUCAACAUUUUUCUGGGUUGGACUUGACCUUAAAUGUUGUCAGUUUUUUUAUACGCCAGUACGAUGAGUGGCAACAAUUACAUUUACAAAAAAUUGAGACCCUCUUGUGUGAAUCCUGUGCCAUCAUUCUUGGUAUAUACAUCAUUAAUUUUCAUUGAAAUAUGUUAACUAUCGAGUCCUUUGAAAUCAGUGAGGAUAUUUUUGGUAUUGUAUAUAUAUAGAGAGAGACAUAGAGUGUGUCAAAUUCCUCUUAUAACUCCGGUAGAACGUUUGUUUACUUUGAUCAUAUUCCCGCUCCCCUUUGUUUUAUGAGUCUUUCCUUUAAAGUAAACGUUCAGUUUGGUUGAAUAUAUAAAGGUUCCAAAUAAAAAUUUUCUAUCCAAAAUCUGAAUAUAGAUUCUGUACAUAAUAACCUUUCACUCUGUUAUAUAAAGUUGUGAGGAGAAUCUGAUAAACAAUUUAAUAUCUUUUAUUUUACACUGCAUGUAGCACCCUUGUUGAAUAGGUUCCUACAUUCAAAAUGAUUAGUUUGUUUCGGAGUGCAAGCUUAUAAUCCUUUUCGUAUUGACCCCAUGUCGUUAUAUUUCAUGGGUAUUUUUUGGUGUAGUUUUUAAAAGGCUCUUUUCAUAAUUUGUUUUAGUUGGAUAAUUGUCACAUACUGUGUAACUAUGAUCAUAAGGCCUAUAUAACCAUCAUGACAAAUUUCACGCGCCCCCUAUAAACCCCCUUGCAAUUUUUAAGCAGUUACACUAUACGGUAAACAUUUUGUUUCUUCAGAAUGUUGAGUAACAAUGUUUUUUCUUUCUGCAACAUUCUGAUCAAAUAAUCUUGUUUUGUAUGCCAUUCGCUUAGGCCAUUAUUGAACAAACUAAAAUCAUUUUUAAAAUGAUAUAAUAUGUGUAAAUAGCAUGUUUGUACUCGCGUGUUCUUAUCAAGUUUGGAGUAUAUAUAGUGGCAUAGGUUUGCUAAUGAUUGCCUAUAGGCCUAUAGAGUUGCCAACUCGUCCACUCACCACAUAUAUUCUAUACCUUCAUUCAGUAUGCCAUUCCGUCCAUCAACAUUUCGUCUAACAACCAUUUGGUCCAAUCAUCAUUUCGCCUAAUUAACAGUUAGUCUUUGACCAUUUCGUCUCAUGUUAAGUUAAUUUUGGUCUAAUAUUCGUUUUAUUUUCAUUCAUUUCUGUCUAAUUAGACCUAUGGGCGGAAAUCCCAGGGGGGACAGGGGGACGUGUCCCCCUACUCAAAAUAGUAGGGUGGGACACAAUAUCAAAUGUCCCCCCUACUAUUUGUGGUCUUUUAUGAUGGUAAGAUAUACAUCAUUGAAAAUCGAAAUAAAACAUGUAUUUCAUGACGAGAUGACCGAUGACCUUACUUUGGGAUGACAACCCUUUUUUUUUGCUUGUCAAAUUUAAUUUCGUCGAAAUUACCUUAUAUUUGGGGUGAUAACCUUUUUUUUUUUCUUUUUUUUUUUGCUUGUCAAAUUUUCCAGCCCCUUGUCCCCCCCUACCUUUUGGGAGAAAUUUCCGCCCCUGAUUAGACCAAAUGGCUAUUGGACCAACUGUUCAUUAGACGAAAUGGAAAUUAGACCAUGUGGAUAUUGGACGAAAUGAUGGUAGACCAAAUCCUAAAUGAUAAGUAGACGAGUAGGCAAUCGGACGAAUCGGCAUUGGACCAAAUGAAAAUACCAACGAUAUCGAUAAUUGCAUGCGUCGGGUUUUGCAGUCCUAUUCCGAUCCUACACCACCACUAACUAUUUUAUAAUUUCAUAAAAAGGGACUUCAUGUUUAAAAGCUUAGCUUAUAUGUUACAGCUGAGCCCCCCCCCCCCCCUCCCAUAUAUGAUCCCCAAUGUUCAUUUGCGUUUGUAAAUUAUGUUGUAAAUGUUAGGUUCUAUGAUCCUAAUUUAUUAAAUAACUGAAAUAAAGAAAACAAUAGAUAUCAUUGUAAAAAAAAAAACAAGACCACAAUCAAUGUAAAUAAAUUAUGAUGUAAAUAAAGCACGUGUGCAUAUUAUAUACUAGUAAGUUGUUAUAGUAAUUAAAUAGGCCUAUUUGAACUGCAUUAUACUGGUAAUCACGUCGUUAUUUUCGAUAUACCACUGUCUAAAAUACUGUAUAGCCAACAUCGAAAUGAAGUUCCUGGUGCUCAUAUUACAGUGCCUUUUAAAAAAUAUGUUUCCCUAUUUACGUAUGGUUAGAGUUCCUGAUUUUGCUGCUGUUUAACUUCAACAGGAACUACACUUUGAAGAUUUUGGGAAAACAAAAUAUAUGAACUCGUUUGUUUACUUAUAUUUUCCCUUUGUUUCUCGGGGUAUCCACUAUAUAAGCGUUGCUUUUGUGUGAUUUUUAUAAUACGUUUUUAAAAAAUUGUAUAUUGUGUCAAGCAGCUGUAUAUAAAUAAAUAAAAACAUUUUGCUUGUAAAUCUAUAAAUGA